AUGGCGCAUUACGCUGAUGCGGCUUGUGUUUUGAAAGUGAACGUUCACUGCGAUGCAUGCAAGAUGAAGACAAUGGAAAUCCUUAGCUCCAUCAUUGGGGUAUAUUCUGUCUCCAUAGAUGCAGAAAAAGGGCUUGCAAAGAUUUACGGUGAGGUUGAUCCAAACAUGCUUAUGAGGGCAAUAGCAAGAGCCGGGAAACAUGCAGAGCUAGUUCAUCUUGACGUAAAGCAUCCACAAAUCAAAGCAAACGCUUCACAUAGUCGCCGGCUCGGCUACAGUUCUGAUACGCUGGAGAACUACUGUGGCAACGAGCAUGUUGCAGGGAGUUCGUUGCCUGAUGGUGCUUAUUAUGGGCACGAGCAGUGCUACUAUCCCAAUUCAUACGACAGAACAAACGUAGGAUAUGUGCCCUCAUAUCCUUCUCAGCCAGGAUACAACAAUCCAUAUGAUGAUGAGAGCUUCAAUACUUGCACCAUAAUGUGA